AUGGCCAACAAGAAAAAGGGCAAGAAGCCGAAAAAGGAAAAGAGCGGGACAACUGAUGAAAGUGAUGAAUUUUUGAAAGACAAUGGCGCGUUGAGUGAUGUCAAAAUUCAAGAAACAGUACACCGGAAUCAAGCAAACCUGGUUGCUGAUAGUUCGUAUAGUCAAAAUGGUCGAUCAUUGAAUACCCUCCGGCAAAACCAAGCCGGUCUGGAGACAAAUCAGAACGGCAAUCAAGAGCCUGACCAAGUUGAUAUAGAAGCUGUGGGUGAUCAAAUUGAUUCAAUUGAAAACAUCCAAGAUGGAAGCUCAGAUAAGGAACAAAAAGAGCAAGAGCAAGAGCAAGAGCAAGGGCAAGAGCAGGACGAACCAAAGCAGGACGAACCAAAGCAGGACGAAUCAAAGCAGGACGAACCAAGGCAGGACGAUCAAGAGCAAGAGGAAGAGGAAGACGAUGAACCACCCAAACUCAAGUACUCACGUAUUAAUGAACUUCCGAGCAACUUCUUCAUAAAAGAUCCUAUAUCGUCGUGCUUUUUCCAAGAUAAAUACUUUGUAUUUGCCACCCAUUCGGGAUUUAUUCACAUAUGCACCAGCAAUUUUUCUCCAGUAAGAACCUUUAAAGCUCAUCGAGCAUCCGUUUUGAGUACAUAUACAGAUGGUCAAUUUUUUGCAUCAGCCUCAAUGGAUGGAACUGUUGUCAUUGGGUCAAUUGAUGAUGAGAAAGACAUUAUUGCUUACGAUUUCCAGAGACCUGUCCACGCCAUUGUACUCGACAGCAACUAUGCAUCGAAGAGAAGUUUCAUCAGUGGCGGGAUGAGUGGCAAGGUGAUUUAUUCAAGGAAAAACUGGCUUGGUAAAAAGGCGGAUUACGUUAUUGAUCAAAAUCAUGGUGCCAUUGUUGGAUUAACGAUUGUGGGUGACUUGGUCAUUUGGAUGAACGAUAAGGGAAUUAAUGUAUUUCAUUUGAGCAACAAGAUUAUGAUCAAGGUGUUAGAGAAACCAAGUGAUAGUCCCAGGAAUGACUUAUAUUGGCCUAGGGUAGCGCAACCCGACCCAGACAGAAUUAUUAUUGCUUGGAGUAACUAUAUAUGGUCCUUACGAAUAUUGUUGAAAGAUGGAUCAUCACAAAGUGUAAGCGAAAAGGAUUCAGUACCAGUAUUUUCGUCAGGAAUGAGCCGAAUCUUACCAUCUACCGCCUCCAUUUCAUUUCGAACAACGCAAGAAAAGAAAGUAGAAGUGGAACAUAUUUUCAAACUCGAUGACUUGAUAUGUGGGAUAGCUAGUUUUAAAGAUGACUUGUGGAUGAUUCUAACUUACGAGCCACCCAUGAAGAAACUGAUCGGGGAGGCAAACGGCGAGAAACCAAUAUACAAUAAUCCCGAUUUGAAGUUGAUUAAUUCCACCACUGGCGAAGUUGAGUUUGAAGAAGAGUUGGCUUUGAAAAACAUUCAAAAUUUGGGAUUGAAUGAUUUCACCUUGGGCUGUCAUAUUGAAAAGAUCCCAAAAUACUUUAUCAUCAGUGCCAAGGAUGGAGUCGUUGCUCAGGAAUACCAAUUGGAUGACAGAUUGGAAUGGCACUUGAUGAAGGAAAAUUACUUGAGAGCUUACGAAGUGAGCGAGCAUAUAGUGGCUCCCAUAAAACGAUUAAACUAUGGCUUACAAUAUGUUGACCUGUUGGUAAAAGGGGAUGAAUGGAUGAAAGCAGCGGAAUUUUUGAAAACUUUGUUGCCAAUGGAGGAGAACAUACUACCAGACGACGAGCUAAUUAGCAGUCCAGACGAGGAUGCUGAUGUGAUCGACUCUAGAUCUCAAGAUGACGACGGAAUGAGGAAAGAAGUUAUAAGCCAAUGGGAAACAUGGGGUCAUAUAUUUAUUAAUAGUGGGCACAUUGAAGAAUUAAGUGAUGCAAUACCCAGUACUCUGUUGUUACCAGAAGAUUUAUACACGAAGAUCAUGACAUAUUGGAUUGAAAAGGAACCAAAAAGGGCUUACCAAUUGAUCAGCAAUUGGCCCCAUGAGCUAUACGAUACUGUUACAAUUGAGUAUAAAUUAAAAGAGCAGGAGCCCAACCUUAAAGAAGGUGAAAAUUUCACCUUUAUCGAAAAAUCCCUUGUCAAAGUCUAUGACAAAACGCUCCAACCAGUUAAAGCAGUACCACAUCUUGUAAACUUGAAAGAUAGAAACAUUGUUGGGUACUUGUCGCGGAACCAUAUUUUGAAAAAUUUUGUAUCACAUCUACCAGAGUUUAUUGAGCUACAAUUUGAUACUCCCGAAUCCAUCUCGAAAUGGCCAAUUGGUAAGCUAGGACAAAGACUAUCAGAAACUAUUGACACGUUGGUUGAUCACCGUCUAGAAAUACCAGCACACGAUAUUGUUGAAUUGUUCAAAAGCCAUCCCAAUUUGUCAUUCAUCAAUUACUUUUACUUGACUCGAUUGCAGUCCAUUGAUAAGCUAUUGGUGAGGGAUUUUGGAGAUGAGUUGAUUGAACUAUACUCCAAUUAUUCAAGAAAAGACCUACUUCCGUUCCUUAUGGCUAACGAUGAAAACGAUGCCUCUCAGAGCAACUACAAUGUUGACAGGGCCAUUGAAGUUUGUCAGGAGAACCACUUCUAUCAAGAGUUGAUCUAUUUGCUAGGCAAGAUUGGAGAGAAUAAACAAGCUUUAAAUUUGGUUAUUGACAAAAUGGAUGAUCCACAAAUGGCAAUUGAAUUUGCCAAGAGGUUGAACGAUAAAGAUACUUGGAGUUCCUUGAUCAAUCAGUCGUUGAAUAAACCAAAGUUUCUCAAGAUUUUGAUUGAACAAGCAGAUGAGUCAACCAACCCCUUUUAUGACCCUGUGAGUAUCUUGACUAAAGUCACGACAAAAUUCGAAACAGAAUCAACAGGUGAAGGUUAUAAUGAGAUGGACGCAGUGCAUGUGCAAAUUUAUCAACAAUUGAGUCAAAGUAUAAUUGAAUUUUCGAAAAAUAACGACUUGAAUAAGUUGAUUAACCAGGUGAUAUUAAAGAUGAUUGAUCAAAGCUCACAGGAAAUAGCACUUUUUUUGAAACGGUCCUUGCUACAAGGUCGACAGUAUGAUUUGGAAAAGAAUGAUGUGUCUUCGAAAAGGAUUGUGGAUAGCUUGCAAAACUGGGAGCCAAUCACGUUGAAUUAA